AUGAAGGUCGCAGCAUCGGCCCUCUUCGUCGGCGCUGCCGUGGCUUCUAUCCCGCAGCAGCAGCAGCCAUUGAAAGCUCCUGGAGCUCUCCAUGAUGUCUUCAAGGCCGCCAGCGACAAGGCAUCGUCGUGGUCCAAGCCAUUGCAGAACCUSGGGAAUGAGCUGAAGCAUCUUACCGACGAGGCUCGCUCGACCUGGGAUGAGGUCGCCAUGAUGUUUCCAGAGGCCAUGAGCCAGGCAUCCUUCUUCAGCACCCCAAAGAAGCACGAACGCAAGCAUGACAGCGAGUGGGACUUUCACACCUCUGGCAAGGCCAUCGAGGAGAUGUUCACCAUCAAUUCUGAGGGCAAGAAAGAGCGCGAGCUCGAUGGUAGCCUCGAGGCUUUCAAGCUCCGCACCAAGAAGGUCGAUCCCAAAAGUCUCGGCGUAGACACCGUCAAGCAAUACUCCGGGUACUUGGACAACGAAGAGGACGACAAGCACCUCUUCUACUGGUUCUUUGAGUCGAGAAACGAUCCGAAGAACGACCCUGUGGUCCUCUGGUUGAACGGUGGCCCAGGCUGCUCAUCCCUGACUGGUCUGUUCAUGGAGUUGGGACCAUCUUCCAUCACAAAGGACGGCAAGACCAAGUACAACCCAAGCAGCUGGAACGCUAACGCUUCCGUCAUCUUUUUGGACCAGCCUGUCAACGUCGGCUACUCUUACUCCGGUAGCGCUGUUUCCAACACUGUCGCGGCCGGCAAAGAUGUCUACGCCCUGUUGACCCUCUUCUUCAAGCAGUUCCCAGAGUACGCCAAGCAGGAUUUCCACAUCUCCGGCGAGUCUUACGCUGGCCACUACAUUCCAGUGUUCGCAUCUGAGAUUCUCUCUCACAAGAAGCGCAACAUCAAUUUGCAGUCUGUCUUGAUCGGUAACGGUCUCACCGAUCCCCUCACUCAAUACGAAUACUACCGCCCAAUGGCUUGCGGUGACGGUGGCUGGCCCGCUGUUCUUAGCGAGCAGGAGUGCCAGAGCAUGGACAACUCUCUUGAUCGCUGCCAGAGCUUGAUUCAGAGCUGUUACGACAGCGAAUCUGUCUGGUCCUGUGUUCCCGCUAGCAUUUACUGCAACAAUGCCCUUAUUGGACCCUUCCAGAAGACUGGUCAAAAUGUUUACGAUGUGCGUGAGAAGUGCAAGGGUGGCAGCCUGUGCUACGAUGAGCUUGAGUGGAUCCAGGAGUACCUGAACCGCGAUGAUGUGAUGAAGGCUCUCGGUGCUGAGGUGACCAAGUACGACUCUUGCAACUUCGACAUCAACCGCAACUUCUUGUUCAACGGCGACUGGAUGCAGCCAUUCCACCGUCUAGUCCCAGACCUCUUGAAGCAGAUUCCAGUGAUGAUCUACGCUGGUGACGCCGACUUCAUUUGCAACUGGCUCGGCAACCUUGCCUGGACCAACGCUCUUGAGUGGCCCGGCCAGAAGGCUUACGCCAAGGCGGAGAUGAAGAACCUCACUCUCUCGCAGAGUGACUCUAACGUCGGCUCCGUCAAGUCUUCGGGUAACUUCACCUUUGUCCGCAUUCACGCUGCCGGACACAUGGUUCCGUACAAUCAGCCCGAGGCUUCUUUGGACGCGGUAAACAGAUGGCUCGAUGGCGAGUGGGUUGAGAAGGCGUAA